AUCUAAUCAGGACAUUGGAAGCAAUCCAGAAAACUGAUUAAGACGAGGAAAAAUUCAUAAUGAAGCCAAGACAGAUUCCCAAGAUUGUGAGGGCGCAAAAUGAUUCUAUUUACAAUAUGAGCCACUCCAAAGGAAUACCAGAGUUACCCCCUUUGCCCGGUAUAGCCUCUGCAGAUCCUUCAGAACUGUAUCAGCUGAUCCAAAAGAGCAGUUAUUACCCUUUUCUGAUGCAGAGAGCAUCUUGGACGUUAGCGGCUCCAUUUAAAGAACAGUGCUAUUUCCGAAGCCCAAGUGAUUCUAUAGCCAAUAAUUACACCCUCACUGCCCGUGAUCUGAAGAUGAAAGAUCUACAGAAGAUCCCUACAGUCAUAAGGCCAAAAAGGCCCUCAGGGUCAACGAAACAGAGGGCAGAAUCUCCACCUCCAAAAGAAUAUGCUCCUUCUGAGAAGAAGCAGAAACUGUCACCGUGGAGUGUUUAUGAAACUGACAGGUACUGUGUUUCUCAGCAGAAACAGGUGUUCUUUCAUUUCAGAGUCCCUUCGCAGAGGCACAGUGGAAAGCCAGAAUUUAAAGUUAUAUAUUAUUCUGACAAACAGCCACUGACUCCAGAGGAACAGCUGGUUGUGAUGCUCCAUCACGAGGAGGAGAUAAACCAACAGGAGGCUCCCCCCACGGAGAGUGAUCUUGAAAGAUACUGUUAUUACAUACAUAAAGGCAUCCGGAAAGACAUGCUGGCACCACAACCCAAAGAAGUGAUGGAAAGUAUUUUGGAGCAUAUCUCAAGUCAUCUUCUCACCAACCCAAAUCUAGAAACAUUGCUAAGCAGUUUAACAGAAGAGAUUCAGGAUGAUUAUCACAUCUGGCUCAUGAAAAAUGUUGUCGAUUACAUAUUGUUGGAUCCAGAGGAGAGGAAAAGGCUCUUUAUCCACAGCAUCCCCCGCCCUUUCCCUCAAAGAGUGAUUCGUGCCCCUGUCCCAUGGCACGACAUCUACCAAGAGGUAAAAGGCUGGAACCAAGAACAUCUCUUCAUAGUGAAUCCCAUGAUGCUUACUUUGCAGCACCUCUGGUUUAGAGAGUUUCAUGAGCUGAGGUUUGUUCGUACCAAAGAGAUACUUGAAGGUGAUUUGCCUCUACUACCCAGUGAAUUUGAAGAAUUAAUCCGAAAGCACUGUCAGGAAGCUCAUGAGAUUCUUGAGAACAGGUGGAUCCCAAAGUGUGCAGAGCUCUUUAUUGAACAGAAGGACAGCUGGCUUCAUUUUGCCCCACAGAAUGACUUAGAGUCUUCUCAGCAAAUAGAAGAAUAUUUUGCUUCAGUAGCGAUCUUGAUGUCAUUGCAGCUUCGGGAGAUGGUCAUUAAUUCGUUAGAAGACCUCCUUGCUUUUUUUAAGAUACACAAGGAUGGAAAUGACUUUGGAGAAACCUAUAAUGAAAUGCAGUUUUUCAUACCACAAGUGCUAGUCAUCAAGCUGGAAGUGAAAGAACCAUCUAUUGUAUUUCAGCCUCAUAUGAAAGAUUGCUGGAAUUUUAUCUGCUCCUGCUUCAUGGAAAUCCUGAAGAAUUCUGAGGGUCUGCCAAAGGUACAAGCUAAGCUUUUCCCAGAAUUAAAAGGAGAAGACCUAAAGCUUCGUACAGUUCAAGGAGAUGAAUCUUUGGUUGCAGAAUUCUUGAACAAAAUGGCUGAGAUUUUUGAUCGCAACAUAGUUGGUCCACAAAAAUACCUAAAUGUGUACCGAAAGUACAGUGAUCUCUUGAAUAAUAAUGCAGAAAAAGAUGUGACGAGUUUUUUAAGCAAAAGACACGAUCUGGAUGAUUUUGUGGAGAAGAUUGAUGGUUUGACAAAACUGAAGAAAGAAAUUGCAUCCAUGCAUGUCACAGUCCCUCUGGCAAUGUUUUGCCUAGAUGCCUUAAAACUGAACGAGGAGCUUUGCUUUCGGACUCAGAAGCUGAAGGACAGGCUGAUUCAGUUUGAAGUCGAAGAAAACAGGGAAAUGAACCGGAGCAUUUGCAACCAGUACAACAUAAUUGCAGACAGAGUCACUGAAGUGCCUUUGACUACUGAAGAACUUGUUGAACUCACGGCAUAUCUGAAAAAAUCCAGCGAAGUUACUGUUUUUAAGCUGCGGCGUGAAAUCAGAGAGGCUAUCUACAGGCUAGAAUUCUUGAUGGACUAUGCUGAUCUCCCAUACGAGGACAUAAAACUGAACAGUACAGUUCUCCACUGGCCAGAUGAAAUUGAGAUCAUCUUUGAAACAAGCAGGAAUCAGCUGAUGAACAGAAGGGAUCAUGUGGAACUCACUCUGAUUAAAAGGUGCUCUGAAUUUGAGGCAAUCCUGGAAGGCUACAACAGAGAAGUGGAAAGUUUCCGCAAGAAGGAAGUCAUGACCAUGGAAGAAAUGAAGAAUAAUGUGGAAAAGUUUCGUGAGCUGGAGAAGAAUCUGGAUCAAGCGUUGAAUGAAUAUGAAGCUAUUAACAAGGAAGAGGAGCUGCUUGAACGAGAGAAGAGUCAGUUUCCUCUGCUGCGAACCAUAAUUACAAAUAAGCAGCCAUUUGAGCAGCUUUGGGUGACAGCAUAUAAUUUUACUGUAAAGUCAGAGGAAUGGAUGAAUGGGCCUCUCCAGGACUUGAAUGCUGAGGAAAUCACUGAGGAUGUGGGAAACAUGUGGAGGACCAUGUACAAACUGACCAAGACCUUUGCAGAUCUACCAGGGCCAAAGCGUUUAGCGGAGAAUGUGAAGUUUAAAAUCGACAAGUUCAAGCAACACCUUCCAGUCCUCUCAAUUGCCUGCAACCGUGGGAUGAAGGACAGGCACUGGGAGCAGAUCAGUGACAUAGUUGGCUAUGAGAUCAGACCUGAUGAAACAACUUCUCUUCUAAACAUGUUGGAAUAUGGGCUAUCAAGGCAUAUUGAGAAAUUGGAGCCCAUUGGGGCAGCAGCUAGCAAGGAAUACUCCUUGGAGAAGAACAUGGAGAAGAUGAAAUUGGAAUGGAUUAACAUAUGCUUCUGUUUUGUGAAGUAUAGGGACACGGACACCAGCAUUCUGUCUGCCAUUGAUGACAUCCAGCUCUUGCUUGAUGAUCACAUUGUCAAGACCCAGACAAUGUGCGGCUCUCCAUUUAUCAAACCAAUAGAAACGGAAUGCCGGAAAUGGGAAGAGAAACUUGUCCUGAUGCAGGAGAUUUUGGACAACUGGUUAAAAUGUCAAGCAACAUGGCUUUACUUGGAGCCCAUCUUCAGUUCUGAGGACAUUAUUGCUCAAAUGCCGGAAGAGGGCAAGAAGUUUGGAAUAGUUGAUAGUUACUGGAAAGACAUCAUGACACAAGCAGUGAAAGAUACCAGAGUGCUUAUUGCAACCGAACAGCCGAGGAUGUUAGACAGGCUCCGGGAAGCAAAUGCUCUUUUGGAAGAUAUCCAGAAGGGUCUGAAUACUUACUUGGAAAAGAAAAGGUUGUUUUUCCCAAGAUUCUUCUUCCUUUCCAAUGAUGAGCUGCUGGAGAUUUUGUCUGAGACAAAAGACCCUCUCCGAGUCCAGCCGCACUUGAAAAAGUGCUUUGAGGGAAUUGCUAAACUUGAGUUUACGGAGGACUUGGAGAUUACAGGCAUGAUCAGUUCAGAGAAAGAAACUGUUCCUUUUAUAAGGAAGAUCUACCCAGCGCAAGCCAAAGGCAUGGUUGAGAAAUGGUUAUCACAAGUAGAAGAAAUGAUGUUAUCCAGCAUCAGGCAAGUUAUAGAAGAUGGCAUUGGAGGGUAUGAUCAGGUUCCUCGCAAACAGUGGGUACUGCAGUGGCCCGGACAAAUAGUUAUCUCUGUAUCAUCGAUCUUCUGGACGAAGGAAGUAUCAGAAGCCAUAAAAGAAAGGACAUUAACUACUUUUUUGGAGAAAAGCAACAUGCAAAUUGGAGAAAUUGUUGAGCUGGUUCGAGGAAAGCUGUCCAGUGGGGCCCGGCUGACUAUGGGAGCGCUGACUGUUAUUGACGUGCACGCACGUGACGUAGUGGCAAAAUUGGCUGAAGACAAAAUUUCAGACCUCAAUGAUUUUCAGUGGAUUUCUCAGCUGAGAUAUUACUGGGAAGAGGGAGACGUGAUGGUCCGAAUGAUUACAACAGAAGCCAGAUAUGGCUAUGAGUACCUGGGGAACUCCUUGCGCUUGGUGAUCACGCCACUCACCGAUCGAUGCUAUAGAACAUUAAUGGGAGCUUUGAAACUGAACCUGGGAGGUGCCCCAGAAGGACCUGCUGGGACCGGCAAAACCGAAACUACCAAAGACCUUGCAAAAGCACUGGCUAAGCAGUGUGUUGUCUUCAAUUGCUCUGAUGGGCUGGAUUACAAAGCCAUGGGCAAAUUCUUUAAAGGGCUGGCCCAAGCUGGAGCCUGGGCCUGCUUCGACGAGUUCAACCGAAUUGAGGUUGAAGUGUUGUCUGUAGUGGCUCAGCAGAUCCUCAGUAUCCAGCAGGCCAUAAUUCGGAAGCUCAGAACAUUUGUCUUUGAAGGCACAGAGAUUUCCCUUAAUCCGACCUGUGCAGUAUUCAUCACAAUGAAUCCUGGGUAUGCUGGGCGGGCAGAGCUUCCGGAUAACUUGAAGGCAUUAUUCCGCACUGUAGCCAUGAUGGUCCCAGAUUAUGCUCUGAUUGGUGAAAUCUCACUUUAUUCCAUGGGAUUCCUUGACUCAAGGAGCCUUGCCCAGAAAAUUGUCGCUACCUACCGCCUUUGCUCUGAACAGUUAUCAUCUCAGCAUCACUAUGACUACGGAAUGCGUGCGGUGAAAUCUGUCCUGACAGCAGCAGGGAACUUGAAACUGAAGUACCCGGACGAAAAUGAAAGUGUCUUGUUGCUUAGGGCACUGCUGGAUGUUAACUUAGCAAAAUUCCUGGCACAAGAUGUUCCUCUCUUUCAGGGUAUUAUAUCGGAUUUGUUUCCUGGCGUGGUUCUUCCGAAGCCAGAUUACGAGCGUUUCAUACAGGCCUUGAACAACAAUAUCCAAAAAAUGAAUCUUCAGCCAGUCCCAUGGUUUAUUGGAAAGAUUAUUCAGAUUUAUGAAAUGAUGAUGGUGCGUCAUGGCUACAUGAUUGUGGGAGAUGCCCUGGGAGGCAAGACCAGCGCCUACAAAGUGCUGGCUGCAGGACUCGGUGAACUGAGCCAAGACAGCUCCACAGGCGAGUUUGCUGUCGAAUACAGAAUCAUUAACCCCAAAGCUAUCACUAUGGGGCAGCUGUAUGGGUGUUUUGACCCCGUGAGCCACGAGUGGACGGACGGUGUCCUUGCCAACACCUUCAGAGAACAUGCUUGUUCUACUACAGAGGACAGGAAGUGGAUUGUCUUCGAUGGUCCUGUGGAUGCUGUGUGGAUUGAAAACAUGAACACGGUCUUGGAUGAUAACAAGAAGCUCUGCUUAAUGAGUGGGGAGAUCAUUCAGAUGAAUUCCCAAAUGAGCCUGAUGUUCGAGCCGGAAGAUCUGGAACAAGCAUCCCCAGCAACCGUCAGCAGGUGUGGCAUGAUUUAUAUGGAACCUCACCAGUUAGGCUGGAAGCCCCUGAAGGAUUCUUACAUGAAUACGUUGCCAUCAAACUUGCAAGAAACCCAUAUAGAAUUGAUCAAUGACUUAUUCAUGUGGCUGGUUCAGCCUUCUUUGGAUUUUAUUCGCCACAAUUGCAGAGUCCUUGUUCAGACUUCACCCAUCCACCUGGCCUUCACCAUGAUGAAGCUGUAUACCUGUUUGCUUGAUGAAAUAAACCAAGCAGGCGAUGAAGAAACAGAAACCAUGUCCAGUCAGCAGAUCACCUUGUGGCUACAGGGACUGUUUCUUUUUGCACUGGUGUGGACCAUUGGGGGCACCAUCAACGCGGAGAGCAGGAAGAAAUUUGAUGUCUUUUUCAGAAAUAUCUUAUUAGGAGCGGAUGAUAACCACCCUCGCCCCAAAAGUGUGAAGUUAACCAAAAACAAUAUAUUUCCAGAAAGAGGGACCGUCUAUGACUUUUAUUUUCAUAAACAAGCCAGCGGGCAGUGGAACAUGUGGACGGAAUACAUCACGAAAGAAGAGCAAACUAUUGCUGCUGGCACAAAGGUCUCUGAACUUAUCAUCCCAACCACGGAAACUGCCAGGCAGAAUUUUUUCUUGAAAACCUACGUGGAGCAUAAUAUCCCUAUGCUGUUUGUGGGAUCCACUGGUACAGGGAAAUCAGCCAUUACACACAGUUUUCUGGUCCAGCUCCCAAAAACCAAGUAUGUCCCAAACGUCAUCAAUUUCUCAGCCAGAACCUCAGCCAACCAGACCCAAGAUAUCAUUAUGUCAAAGCUGGAUAGGAGGAGAAAAGGGCUUUUUGGGCCUCCGAUGGGGAAAAAAGCCAUUGUGUUUGUGGAUGACUUAAACAUGCCAGCAAAGGAAGUCUAUGGAGCUCAGCCACCUAUCGAGCUCCUUAGGCAGUGGAUAGAUCAUGGCCAUUGGUAUGACAAGAAGGACACCACACGGCUGGAUAUUGUCGACCUACUGUUCAUUGCUGCGAUGGGACCCCCAGGCGGUGGCAGGAAUGAUAUUACAGAGCGUUUCACAAGGCACUUGAACAUCGUUUCCAUCAGUGCCUUUGAUGACGAAAUUUUGACCAAGAUUUUCACUUCAAUUGUUGACUGGCAUUUUGGCAAAGGAUUCGAUGUUUCAUUUUUAAGGCUUGGCAAAAUGAUGGUUCAAGCAACAAUGAAUAUUUACAAGCUGGCUGUGGAAAAUUUCCUCCCGACGCCUUCCAAGUCUCAUUACGUCUUCAACCUGCGUGAUUUCUCCCGCGUGAUCCGAGGCGUGCUGCUGUGCCCACACACUCAUUUGCAGUCUGGAGAAAAACUAAUCAGGCUCUGGAUUCAUGAAGUUUAUCGUGUCUUCUAUGACCGUUUAAUUGAUGCAGAAGACAGACAGGUGUUCUUUGACAUGGUGAAAGAAACAACCUCUAACUGCUUCAAGCAGAGCAUUGAAAAGGUGCUAAGUCAUUUAUCACCUACUGGAAAAAUCAGCGACAACAAUAUCCGAAGCCUGUUCUUUGGAGACUACUUUAAGCCAUCUAGUGAUGCAAAAAUCUAUGAUGAAAUCACAGACUUAAAGCAGCUGACGUCAGUCAUGGAAUACUAUCUGGAGGAGUUCAACAACAUCAGCAAGGCGCCCAUGUCUCUGGUCAUGUUUAAAUUUGCUAUCGAACACAUCUCGAGGAUAUGCCGGGUGUUGAAACAGGAUAAUGGCCAUGCGCUGUUGGUCGGCAUUGGCGGUAGCGGCCGGCAGAGUGCUACCAAGCUGGCUACCUUUAUGAAUGCCUUUGAAAUCUUCAUGAUUGAAAUCACAAAGUUCUAUGGCACAAACGAGUGGAGAGAAGAUAUCAAGAAGGUGAUGUUGCAAUCAGGAGUGGCCAGUAAAAGCACCGUGUUCCUGUUCUGCGAUAACCAGAUCAAGGAUGAAUCUUAUGUGGAGGACGUUAACAUGCUUUUGAACACCGGAGACGUGCCCAACAUCUUUGCAGCAGACGAGAAGGCUGAAAUUGUUGAGAAAAUGCAGAGUGCAGCAAGGACGGAAGGCAGGAGAAUCGACGCCACUCCUUUGGCCAUGUACAACUUCUUUAUCGAGCGAGUGAAGAAGAAUUUACAUAUAGUCUUAGCGAUGAGUCCAAUUGGAGAUGCGUUUCGGAAUCGCUUGAGAAUGUUCCCUUCACUUAUCAAUUGCUGCACAAUCGAUUGGUUCCAGACGUGGCCCACGGAUGCCCUAGAAAUGGUAGCCAACAAGUUCUUAGAGGAAGUGAAGCUAGAAGACGAAAUCAGGAAAUCAGUCGUGUCAAUGUGUAAAUACUUCCAAGAGAGUGUGAGAGAUCUGUCUGUCAGCUAUUACAGCGUCCUUCGGAGGCACAACUAUGUAACGCCAACGUCCUACCUAGAACUGAUUCUGACUUUCAAGGCUCUCCUAAACAGCAAAAGGCUGGAAGUUGAUACAAUGAGGAAUCGUUACCUUGUGGGACUUCAGAAACUGGAUUUUGCAGCCUCCCAAGUUGCUGUAAUGCAGAAGGAACUGACAGCUCUCCAGCCUGAACUGAUUAAGACCUCUGCUGAAACAGAGAAAAUGAUGAUCCACAUUGAAAAAGAAACAGUCGAGGUGGACGCUAAGAAGGAGCUGGUGGCCGCUGACGAAAAGGAGGCCAAUGAGGCAGCAGCUGUCGCCCAGGCCAUUAAGGAAGAAUGCGAAGGGGACCUCGCGGAGGCCAUGCCAGCUCUGGAGGCUGCCCUUGCAGCUCUCGAUACUCUGAAUCCUGCAGACAUCUCCCUCGUGAAAUCCAUGCAGAACCCACCGGGCCCUGUCAAGCUCGUCAUGGAAAGUAUUUGUGUCAUGAAAGGAAUAAAACCAGAGAGGAAGCCUGAUCCAAGUGGAAGCGGUAAAAUGAUAGAAGACUACUGGGGUAGUUCCAAAAAGCUUCUUGGAGAUCUGAAGUUCCUUGAGGGCCUAAAGACUUAUGACAAGGAUAACAUCCCCCUGCCUGUCAUGAAAAGGAUCCGAGAGAGGUUUAUCAAUCACCCAGACUUCCAACCCGCUGUCAUUAAAAAUGUGUCCUCUGCCUGUGAAGGCUUAUGCAAGUGGGUUCGAGCCAUGGAAGUAUAUGACCGAGUUGCAAAGGUGGUGGCUCCGAAACGUUUACGGCUGAGGGAUGCAGAAGGUUUGCUUUCUAUACAAAUGCAGAAGCUGAACACAAAGCGUGCAGAACUGAAGAAUGUGAUCGACCGUCUCCAGGCACUAAACGACGAGUUUGAAAAUAUGAACGAUCGGAAGAAAGAACUGGAACAGAAUAUUGAAAUAUGUUCUCAGAAGCUAAUACGGGCUGAGAAGUUGAUCAGUGGCUUAGGAGGGGAGAAGGACCGGUGGACAGAAGCUGCACGUUUAUUGGGUAUCCGAUAUACAGACCUUACUGGGGAUAUCUUGUUGUCUUCAGGCACAGUGGCAUAUUUGGGAGCCUUUACCGUCGAUUACCGUCUCGAGUGUCAAAAUAAAUGGUUGGCAUUGUGCAAAGAGAAGGAAAUCCCAUGCUCCAGUGAUUUCAGCCUUAGUAACACUUUAGGGGAUCCAGUUAAAAUCCGUGCCUGGCAGAUUGCUGGAUUGCCAGUCGAUUCUUUUUCCAUUGACAAUGGUAUAAUUGUUUCCAAUUCAAGACGAUGGGCUUUAAUGAUUGACCCUCAAGGGCAAGCCAACAAAUGGGUCAAAAAUAUGGAAAAGGGCAAUAAGCUUUCUGUUAUCAAGUUGUCUGAUACAAACUAUGUUAGGGCACUGGAAAAUGCGAUCCAGUUUGGGACUCCAGUCUUGCUUGAAAAUAUUGGCGAGGAGCUAGAUGCUUUCUUGGAACCCGUGUUGCUAAAGACAACUUUCAAGCAGCAAGGGGUUGAGUACAUGAGGCUCGGAGAAAAUAUUAUUGAGUUCUCAAAAGAUUUCAAGCUUUACAUAACAACUUGCUUAAGGAAUCCUCAUUAUCUUCCUGAAGUGGCUGUGAAAGUUUGCCUGCUCAAUUUCAUGAUUACACCUUUAGGGCUUCAGGAUCAACUUCUUGGGAUUGUGGCUGCGAAGGAAAAACCUGAGCUGGAAGAGAAGAAGAACAAGCUGAUUGUUGAAAGUGCAGCUAACAAGAAGCAGCUGAAGGAGAUAGAAGAUAAGAUCCUUGAAGUCCUUUCCAAGUCAGAAGGGAAUAUCUUGGAAGAUGAGACAGCAAUUAAAGUCCUGUCUUCCUCCAAAGAGUUGUCAGAAGAAAUCUCAGAGAAGCAGGAAAUUGCCACUGUAACUGAGAUGGAAAUAGAUGCAACACGAUUGGGAUAUAAACCUGUGGCUGUUCACUCAGCAAUUGUCUUCUUCUGCAUCUCUGAUCUGGCAAACAUUGAGCCAAUGUACCAAUAUUCCUUGAUUUGGUUUAUUAACCUGUAUGUGCAGUCCCUGGCAAAUAGCAGGAAAAGUGAGGUUCUGGAAGAAAGAAUUGACAAUAUCAUCCAGCACUUCACUGUGAGCAUCUACAACAAUGUCUGCCGAUCCCUGUUUGAGAAGGACAAACUUCUUUUCUCCCUUCUCUUGACCAUUGGCAUAAUGAAAGGGAAAGAUGAAGUUGAUGAUGAAGUAUGGCGUUUCUUACUAACAGGAGGGGUUGCUUUGGACAAUCCUUAUCCCAACCCUGCUCCAGAGUGGUUGUCUGAAAAAUCCUGGGCUGAAAUAGUUCGUGCAUCAGGUCUCAAAAAUUUGCAUGGGCUGAUGGAUCAUGUUGAAUCUAACAUCACAGAAUGGAAAGCAAUUUAUGACUCUGGCAAGCCACAUGAAGAGGAAUUCCCAGGUGACUGGAAGCUGGUCAUGGGCCUUGACCGCUUGAUCAUCCUCCGUUGUCUAAGACCAGAUAAAAUUGUUCCAGCAACCCAAGGUUUCAUCUCAUGCAACAUGGGAAGAACAUACAUUGAACCUCCCACUUUUGACCUUUCAGGAAGUUACAAUGACUCUAAUUGCUGCGCACCUCUGAUUUUUGUAUUGUCACCAGGUGCUGACCCCAUGGCAGGUUUGUUGAAGUUUGCUGAUGACCUUGGCAUGGAAAGCAUUCAGACGAUUUCGCUUGGCCAAGGCCAAGGCCCCAUCGCAGCCAAAAUGAUCGAUAAAGCUAUUGUUGAUGGGACAUGGGUUGUGCUACAGAAUUGUCAUCUUGCAACCAGCUGGAUGCCUGCCUUGGAGAAAAUCUGUGAAGAAGUCAUAGUGCCCGACAAUACCCAUGAGAAGUUCAGAUUGUGGCUCACCAGUUAUCCAUCAGAAAAAUUUCCCGUCAGCAUUCUUCAGAAUGGAAUAAAAAUGACCAACGAGCCGCCCAAGGGCGUUAGAGCAAACCUCCUUCGAUCCUACCUCAAUGACCCAAUUUCUGACCCCACGUUCUUUAACAGUUGUGAAAAGACAGAAAUGUGGCAGAAGUUGCUCUUUGGGCUUUGCUUUUUCCAUGCUCUUGUGCAAGAAAGAAGAAACUUUGGCCCAUUAGGUUGGAACAUUCCAUACGAAUUCAACGAGUCUGACCUUAGAAUCAGCAUGCGGCAGAUCCAGAUGUUUCUGAAUGAAUAUGAGGAAAUCCCAUUUGAGGCUUUAACCUAUUUAACAGGGGAAUGUAACUAUGGUGGGAGAGUAACUGACGAUAAAGACCGGCGUCUCCUCCUCUCCCUUCUUUCCAUUGUGUACUGCAAAGAUAUAGAAGAAGAGGAAAAAUACAAGCUUUCCCCUGAAGAGGAAUAUUAUAUACCACCUUAUGGGACAUACCAGUCUUACAUAGAGUACUUGCGGAGCCUGCCAAUUACAACUCACCCGGGAGUCUUUGGUCUGCACGAGAAUGCAGAUAUCACCAAGGAUAACCAAGAAACUAACCUGCUUUUCAAUGGCGUCUUGUUGACUCUGCCCAGGCAAGCAGGGGGAGGAGGCAAAUCCCCGCAGGAAACUGUUGAGGAGCUGGCACAGGAUGUCCUUUCCAAAUUACCAAAUGAUUUUGACUUGGAAAGUGUGAUGAUGAAAUAUCCAGUGCUUUACCAGGAGUCCAUGAAUACGGUCCUGAGGCAAGAACUAAUCAGAUUCAACAGACUUACGGAGGUCGUGCGAAGCAGCCUGAUCAGCCUGGGCAAAGCCAUCAAAGGCCUUGUGUUGAUGUCUUCGGAACUUGAGGAUGUUUUUAACAGCAUGUUGGUGGGCAAAGUGCCCUCAAUGUGGGCAGCCAAAUCCUACCCUUCGCUGAAGCCGCUGGGGAGUUAUGUGUCCGACCUCCUCACACGACUGGCCUUCUUCCAGGAUUGGAUCAAGCAUGGAUCCCCGAAUGUGUUUUGGAUAUCUGGGUUCUACUUUACGCAGUCUUUUCUGACAGGCGUUUCCCAGAACUACGCUAGAAAAUACACCAUCCCAAUAGAUCAUAUUGGGUUUGAAUUUGAGGUGACCAGGCAGGAGCAUAGCAUGGAGGCUUUGCCUGAAGAUGGCGCCUACAUUAAGGGGCUUUUCCUGGAAGGGGCCCGGUGGGAUCGGGAAACCAUGAAGAUCGGCGAGUCUUACCCCAAAAUCCUUUAUGAUUCUCUGCCCAUCAUUUGGCUGAAACCUGGAGAGAGCGCAGCCUUCUUGCACUCAGGGAUAUACACAUGCCCCGUCUACAAAACCAGUGCCCGGAGAGGCACCUUAUCCACCACGGGGCACUCCACCAAUUACGUCCUCUCCAUUGAGAUUCCUUCUGACCUUCCCCAGAAGCACUGGAUCAAUCGGGGAGUAGCAGCACUUUGUCAGCUGGAUGACUGAUUCUAUUUAGGCUGCCCUGUGCUGGCACAUCGCCAUUAAAAGAGAUAUCUUUUUGCUUUUUGAAA